AUGGGACUCGGCAAGACACUCAUCAUGAUUGGUAUUAUUAUGGCCUAUCACCGUUACAAUCUUAUCCUCUACCGCCAGGGUGUAGACCGCUGGCUCGCCCAUCUACGAGCUACAGGCAGAGACAUCCCAGACAUCCCCAGAGAUGAGCACCAAUUUGAGGGCCUCACAUGGAUAUCUGCCAUGUCUGGAGAUGAGUGGCUGGGAUUCGGCCUUCCUACAUUCAUAGACAUCUUCCUGUAG